CCGGGGUCGGCUGCUCGUUGCAGAGGGUCAUUCACAUCUUGGACAUGGCGGGUCGGGACCGGGUCGUUCACCUGCUUAGGCAACUCGAGCGCGCGGCGUGCAGAUGUCCUGCUCACUCCAACACCUUCCACCAGGGUGUCAGAGCGGCACCCUGCACCGUCCGGAAAACUGACUAUGCCUUUGAGAUGGCGAGUUCUAACAUCCGCUAUGGAGAAGGAGUCAGCAAAGAGAUCGGCAUGGACCUGCAGAACCUCGGCGCAAAAAACGUCUGCGUGAUGACAGACAGGAACUUGUCCCAACUUUCUCCAAUGAAGGCUGUUCUGGAGUCUCUAGUGAAAAACGGAGUCAAGUACAAAGUCUAUGACAAUGUCCGCGUCGAGCCAACAGACUCCAGCUUUAAAGAUGCCAUCUCCUUUGCUAAAAACCACGCCUUUGAUGCGUUUGUGGCGGUGGGCGGUGGCUCAGUGAUCGACACAUGUAAAGCGGCCAAUCUGUACGCGUGUCACCCCGAUGCCGACUUCCUGGACUUUGUCAAUGCUCCGAUUGGCAAAGGGAAGCCAUUGAUUGGAGCUGUGAAACCGCUGAUUGCAGUUCCCACAACUGCAGGCACCGGCAGUGAGACCACAGGUGUCGCCAUUUUUGACUACGAGCCCUUAAAAGCCAAAACAGGAAUUGCCAGCAGAGCCAUCAGACCCACACUGGGCAUCGUGGACCCGACGCACACACUGAGCAUGCCUGAGAGAGUCGCCGCCAACAGUGGCUUCGACGUCCUCUGUCAUGCCCUGGAGUCAUACACCGCCCUUCCCUACGACCAGAGGAGCCCCUGCCCUACAAACCCCAUCAACCGCCCAGCCUACCAGGGCAGCAACCCCAUCAGUGAUGUCUGGUCCCGCCAAGCUCUCCACGUGGUCGCCAAGUACAUGAAACGAUCUGUGCGAGACCCUGAGGACCUGGAGGCUCGUUCCAGCAUGCACCUGGCCAGCGUGUUUGCCGGGAUUGGCUUUGGGAAUGCCGGGGUUCAUCUGUGUCAUGGGAUGUCCUAUCCCAUCGCAGGAAACGUCAAGACUCACUCAGCCAAGGGUUACAACGUGGAGCACCCCCUAGUGCCUCACGGGCUCUCCGUUGUCCUUACGUCUCCGGCCGUCUUCAACUUCACAGCCCUGAUGUGUCCGGAGCGCCACCUUGAGGCCGCAGAGAUCCUCGGUGCAGAUAUCCGGCAGGUGAAGAGGGAGGAUGCGGGUGCCGUUCUGGCCGACACGCUGCGUCAGAUUCUGUUUGACCUGCACGUGGAAGAUGGACUGGGAGCUGUGGGAUACACCAAAGACGACAUCCCGGCACUAGUGAAAGGAACUAUCCCUCAGGAGCGAGUGACCAAGCUGUCUCCCAGAGCGCACACGGUGGAGGAUCUGAGUCGGCUCUUUGAGGCCUCCAUGAAGCUCUACUAAACUCAGCUGCAGUUCCUCCCACAGCCACCAGAGGAUGCAGUUCUGAGUCUAAAAACCCCUCACAGGCUCAAAAUCGUUGACGUUUUUCGUUUGAGCUUUGAUUAGAAGAUUCUUAGGGAUUAUUAUUGAGCUCAUCCUUUAAAUUCUUUGAAAUGAUCACCGAUUCAAACGUAUUGAGCUUCUAACUGCUCAUAACCAUACUGCGUUCUAGUUUUAAUUUGUGAAACUUUUAGAAAGCUGAGUGAAGUCAUAUUAAAGAUAUGGUAAUUUUAUGGAAAUAAUGAAGGCAGUUUUCUCACAUUAUAUCUGCUCAAACAGACAGAUGAAUUAUUUGAUAAAAUCCUGCUUCAAUAUCAGAAAGUAUCAGGUGUGUUGUAGAUGUAACAUUUUAAGGUUUCUGCUGCAGAAACUCCGAUUCUGAUGAGUUGCUCAGUCUGGUAUAGUUCAAAUAAAGAAGCUCAGCACUUUGA